ACCUGCAAACACAGCAUUUUAUCUCUAUUUUUGACACGUCACCGGCAAUGGAUCUAGAUCACAUAACUUAUCUUAUUCUUUACUCUGUACAUACAGAGAGAAAAGGACAAUAUAAUCACAUAUUAUAAGGUUUUCGUUGCCUGACGCGAACGAAGACCUAGGUCACAUUUAACAACAAAUUAAGACUAAAGAAAGACUUCGAAAAAGAAAGAAAAAAUGGACGUUGCACAACUCUUAAUCCUCUCUUCUCUCUUUCUCUUUAUCUCCACCAAAAUCUUGCUCACAAGAUCCAAACGGAAAAUUAACCUGCCACCGUCUCCGGCGAUCUCUUUGCCAUUAAUAGGCCACCUCCACCUCCUCAAGCCACCGCUCCACCGCUCAUUCCUUUCCCUCUCCAAAUCCAUAGGAAAUGCUCCAAUCUUCAAACUAUGGCUCGGAAACCGCCUCGUUUAUGUCAUCUCCUCACGUUCAAUGGCCGAAGAGUGUUUCACUGGUAACGACGUCGUUCUUGCAAAUCGUCCCAAGUUCAUAGUGAGCAAACAUGUAGGCUACAACUCCACCCAUUUACUCGCGGCAUCUUACGGCGACCACUGGAGGAAUCUCCGACGCAUAACGGCCGUAGAGAUAUUCUCGACUCAGAGACUUAAUUCGUUUUUGCAUAUCCGUAAGGACGAGAUCCAACGCCUCAUCUCACGUCUUUCCCUAGACUCCUUACACGGUUUUGUGGAGGUGGAGAUGAAAUCACUAUUAGCCAAUUUGGCAUCCAAUAACGUCAUCAGAAUGGUGGCCGGAAAGCGAUACUACGGUGAAGAAAACGACGAAGCUAAGUCAGUGAGGCAACUUGUGGCGGAGAUGGUGACCAGCGCCGGUGCUGGGAACCCAGCUGAUUAUCUUUCGAUCGUUCGUUGGUUCACCAAUUAUGAAAAGCGAAUCAAGAACUUGGGGAAUCGGUUUGAUGCCUUAUUACAGAGGAUUGUCGAUGAGAAACGUGCAGAUAAAGAAAAAGGUCAAACUAUGAUCGAUAGUUUGCUUUCUCUCCAAGAAACCCAACCCGAGUACUACACGGAUGUCCUCAUCAAAGGACUCAUACUCACUCUGACAGUUGGAGGGACAGAUACCUCAGCGGUGACACUCGAAUGGGCCAUGUCAAAUUUGUUGAACCAUCCAGAAGUACUAAGAAAAGCGAGAAACGAAAUAGAUGAUAAGAUCGGUUUUGACCGGUUAGUAGACGAACCGGAUAUUGUCAAUCUCCCUUAUCUCCAAAACAUUGUGUCAGAAACACUACGCUUGUAUCCUGCGGUUCCGUUACUACUACCUCAUGUGUCCUCGGAUGAUUGUAAAGUGGCGGGAUACGAUAUCCCACGUGGUACGAUAGUGUUGACUAACGUGUGGGCUAUGCAUAGAGACCCAACGUUAUGGGACGAUCCGGAGCUAUUCAAGCCAGAGAGAUUUGAAAAAGAAGGAGAGGCUGAUAAGCUAUUGCCAUUUGGGAUGGGACGAAGAGCUUGUCCUGGAGCUGGACUUGCUCAACGAUUAGUGACUCUGGUUCUUGCAACUUUGAUUCAAUGUUUCGAAUGGGAAAGAGUUGGUGAGGAACUUGUAGACAUGACUGAAGAAAAAGGAGCCACGCUGCCCAAACUAGUGCCGUUGAGAACCAUGUGCAAAUCACGUCCCAUUGUUGGUAAACAGAUAUAAUGUUUGUCUUCAAAAGACUUACCGUUAUUUCCCUUUUUAUAUAUCAAAAUAUUUGUUUAAGUGACUACUUUAUAUGUUGACAUUUGCUUGACUUUUAAAAUCUUUGCUUAAUAUCGAUGUAAGAGCAAUCCAUUAGUGAAUCCAAUAGAGAAAUUCACAAAAC